AAAAAAAAAAAAAAAAAAAAAAAAAAAAACUAGUAUUAUUUUAUUUAUUCACUUAUUUUUUUUUUCUUCCUUUCAACACUUUAAAACGAUAAUGGAGGCACUUCAAGAAGAGAAUGCUCGCCUUCGUCAACGUAUUGCAGAAUUAGAAGAAGAAAAACAAAAUGUUCCAUUAGCUUUAGGUCCGGAAGAUAAAGCAGAGCCUUUUAAGAAGGUGGAUAAAUUAACAAACGAAGAAAUUUUCCGCUUUGGACGUCAAUUGGUGACACCUGGAUUUGGUUAUGAAUCUCAAUUGAAACUUCGUAACACAACUUUUCUUGUUGUUGGUGCAGGAGGAUUGGGUUCUGCUGUAACUUUGUAUUUAGGUGCUGCAGGUGUUGGAAGACUCGGUAUUGUCGAUCAUGAUACAGUAGAUACAAAUAAUUUACAUAGACAAGUAAUUCAUACUCAAGCACGUAAAGGAGUUAAUAAAGCUGUUUCCGCUACCAUUUCCAUUAAAGCUGUUUAUCCUGACGCAGAUGUUAUUCCAUAUGCAUAUACACUUGAUAGAACAAAUGCUCUUGAAUUAAUUAAACAAUAUGAUAUUAUUGUUGAUGCUACUGAUAAUAUUGCUACGCGUUAUUUACUGAGUGAUGCAGCUGUAUUAGCAGGGAAACCAGUUGUUUCUGGAAGUGCACUUAGAAAUGAUGGGCAAUUAACUGUAUAUAAUUAUAAGGGGAGUCCUUGUUUCCGCUGUUUGCAUCCAGUACCACCACCUCCUACUGCAGUUGGUAAAUGUGUUGAUCACGGUGUAUUAGGAGUUGUUCCUGGAAUCAUUGGUACAUUAGAAGCAAUUGAAGCCAUUAAGGUAGCCUUAAAUGAACCUUCACUUGAAAAACCAAGUUUCUUGAUCUUUAGUGGUAUGAGUAACCCAAUGUUUAGAACUAUGCGUCUUCGAGAGAAAAAAAAAGACUGUGCUAUUUGUGGUGAGAAUCCUACGAUGACUGAACUUAUUGAUUACGUUCAAUUCUGUCAGGGAGCUGCUAAUGAUAAAGUGACAGAUGAACAUAUCUUAAGACAAGAUGAACGUAUUAGUGUUCAAGAAUAUUGUGAUUGUCGUUUAAAAGAUCAUUUAUUGAUUGAUGUUCGACCACCCGUACAAUUUGGUAUCUGUAGUUUGCCAAACAGUGUAAAUAUUCCAAUUGAUCAACUUGAAAAUAAGAUGGAACAAGUAAAGGACUUGAUAAAAGAAAAGAACUUGACAGAUAAAGAUGGUAAAUGAAUUAAAUUUCAAUUAUUUCGAAUAUUUGUACUAACAUAAAACAAAUAAGUCUAUGUCAUUUGUAGAUUAGGUAAUGAUUCGCAAUUAGCAGUACGUAUGAUGCAGAAUGCUGGUAUUAAAGAAGCUAAAGAUAUUACUGGAGGAUUAUUAAGUUGGUCUAAGGAAAUCGAUUCUUCUUUCCCAAUUUAUUAAACAUAGAACUUGUGAAUUUAUGUCAUCAUAGUAUAAUAAUAAAAAAAAAUCUGCAUUAUAAAUUUUGCAUGUAUAAAACGUUAACAAAAAUACAUUUUCUAAAUAUGCACAAACAUUAUUUAAAAGAAAUCUUAUUGGCUAAUUAAAACAAAGAGAAACCUUGUAAAAAAAAA